AUGGAGCGCCAAACCAAUUCCACUGGGCCUGAAUUGGGAAGGAAGCGCAGCCUCAUCCGCCCCGAGCGCCAGCGAAACGACCCAAGCCACCCGAACUAUCACUACCGCAAACACGCCCAGCGCAUGGACGUCCACCCCUCGACGACCGGCAACGACCCUAUCCUCGAAGACCAUCUGGAAGCUGAAACGGUCAGCUCAGACAGUACCGAUGUCAAGCCCCCACACCUGCGAAAUGCCUCAGGCGGGGGCUACAAUGACAAGCAGGCUCCCAUGGACGACGGAGAGCCGCGGAUACAACGCAAGUUGACACGGAGCGAGACAAUGAAGGCGCGCGAGAAGCAGCGCCAGAAGGAGCAGGACAAGCUACGCCCACCUAGUCUGUGGAACGUCUACUGCGCCAUCGUCACCUUCUGGUGCCCGAACGCUAUCCUGAAGUGCUUUGGAAAGCCGCAGAAGGCGCAGCAGCGAGCCUGGAGAGAGAAGGUCGGACUCGUCAGCAUCAUCAUGCUCAUCUGCACGUUCGUUGGAUACCUUACAUUCGGUUUUACGGAAACCGUCUGCCCCUCUGGCGGCAACGCUCGUCUCAGGACGAACGAAGUCGGCGGUGGAUACCUCAUCAUUCACGGCAAAGCCUAUGAUCUCGCCCAGUCCAAGCACCCCAGAGCCCGUGGCGUUCCCGAAGACGCAAACGUCCUGUUCGAUCUUCCUGAGAAACACGGCGGUCAGGAUGCCAGCUUCUUGUUCCAAAACGUCAACGGAGCCUGCAAGGGUCUCAUCACUGAAAAGGAGAACUCUGGAAUCCCCACAACCGGCAACGGAGACCUUGGCUGGUAUUUCCCGUGCCGACUGUUCAACCAAGAUGGAUCGACCAAGCCCAACACCACCUUCUUGGAGUACAACGGUUACCUCUGCCACACCUCGGACAAAGCUCGCAGGGGCUUCUACAGCCUCCACAAUGCUGGUGAUGUUUACUACACCUGGGAGGACAUCCGCAACAGCUCCAGGAAUCUGAUGGUCUGGGGUGGUGAUGUGCUUGACCUAAACUUGCUCGACUGGUUCAACCGAACCCAGGUCAACAUCCCACCUCUAUUCGAUGAAAUCCGCCAAAACCCCGCUGUUCGCGGUGUCGAUGUUACCCGUGCGUACUCGUCCAGCUACGAGAAGCAGGUAGCCCGUUGCUUCACCGAGACUAUCAAAGUUGGCUCCAUCGACACAGAGAGCAUUGGCUGCAUUGCUUCCAAGGUUGUCCUUUACGUCUCGCUCGUUUUCAUCCUGGCUGUUGUCAUGGCCAAGUUCGUCCUCGCUUUGAUCUUCCAGUGGUUCAUCAGCAAGAAGUUUGCUGCUACCAAGACAUCUAUUGGCCCCGCCGAUUCCAAGCAGCGAAAGCAGCAGAUCGAGGAAUGGAGUGAUGACAUCUACCGCCCACCGCCAAAGCUCAUGGAUCCAUCGUCCGGCUCUGACCGCAGCAACAAGCGUGGCAGUACCUUCUUGCCACAAACUUCGAGGUUCACCAGCCCCUACUCGGUUGACAAGAACGCAAAGACCCGUGCCCCGCCCACAACUAUGACUAGCCAGAGCACAGCAUCUCGUGUCCUCGGAUCGAACGGUGGCAUGUACAAGCAACUCAACGCCAGCCAGGGCACUAUGCCCAUGGAUGGAAAACACAAUGCGGUAUUUACGGCACAGGAAUCUCGAUCUAGCCUACUCCUUUCCGGUAACACCGAUACCAACCGUUACUCUAGCGUCGAAGGUUCCGGGCCCGCAGGUUUCACACACGAAGCAGUCGUGCCUCAGCCUCCUCCAGAGUGGCAGCCUUUCGGAUACCCAUUGGCUCAUACCAUCUGUCUUGUCACCGCCUACUCUGAAGGUCCCGAAGGUCUGCGAACUACACUCGACUCCAUUGCUACCACCGACUACCCCAACAGUCACAAGUUGAUUCUCAUCAUUUGCGACGGUAUGAUCAAGGGUCACGGUGAAGACUUGACAACGCCCGAAGUCUGUCUUGGUAUGAUGAGGGAUCACGCGGUAUUGCCCCACGAGGUUCAAGCGCACUCGUACGUCGCAGUCGCCAGUGGCUCGAAACGACACAACAUGGCCAAGAUCUACUCGGGUUUCUAUGACUAUGGCGAGACGACGCGCAUUCCCGUCGAGAAGCAGCAACGUGUUCCGGUGAUGCUAGUGGUAAAGUGUGGUACACCUGAUGAGGCCAAGAAGUCCAAGCCUGGCAAUCGUGGAAAGCGAGACAGUCAGAUCAUCCUCAUGUCGUUCCUGCAAAAGGUCAUGUUUGACGAGCGUAUGACGGAGCUUGAGUUUGAGAUGUUCAACGGUAUCUGGAAGAUUACUGGCAUAUCGCCUGAUUUCUAUGAGAUAGUCCUCAUGGUGGACGCCGACACAAAGGUCUUCCCUGACAGCUUGACGCACAUGAUCUCAGCCAUGGUAAAGGAUCCAGAUAUCAUGGGGCUCUGCGGCGAAACAAAGAUUGCCAAUAAGCGGGAUUCGUGGGUCUCCAUGAUCCAGGUGUUUGAGUAA